AUGGCUACAGAAACAAUACCCCCUACUCUCCCUCAGGGUGCAGGAUACGGUGUUGUUGUUGGCAUCGGUUUCUUCUUUGCGUUCCUGAUGGCAGGAAUAUCCUACGUUCAAAAUAGAUACACGAAAUACUCAACCAAGACGAGUGAAGAGUUCAACACCGCAAGUAGAAGUAUUAAAUCAGGAUUGAUAGCGUCUGGUAUUGUUUCUGCGUGGACCUGGGCAGCUACAUUGCUCCAAAGUUGUACUGUUGCCUAUUCUUAUGAUGCUGCAGGAGCUACAGUUCAAAUCUUUAUGUUUGCUAUUCUAGCCUGCAAGGUUAAACAAAACGCGCCACGAUGCCAUACCUUCCUCGAGAUUAUUCAAAAGCGCUAUGGAACCACUGCACACAUUGUCUUCAUCUUCUUCGCUCUCUUCUGCAACAUCCUCGUUGCAAGUCAACUGUUACUUGGUGGGAGUGCGGUCGUCACUGCACUUACUGGAAUGAACGUUUAUGCCGCAAUCUUUCUCAUCCCACUGGGUGUAGUUGUAUAUGUGGUGCUCGGAGGUCUAAGAGCUACAUUUCUAUGUGACUUCACUCACACCUUUAUCCUACUAAUCAUUAUCCUCUACUUUAUGUUUUCAGUCUACACCACGAACCCUUUGAUCGGUUCGCCUGACAGGAUGUAUGAAAUUCUGACUGAAGCCUCCAAGCUUCGUCCAGUAGCCGGAAACCAGGAUGGGUCUUAUCUCACACUAAAAUCCAACUUCGGCUUAAUAUUUGGUGUCAUCCAACUUUGUUCUGGCAUGGGUACGGUUUUCCUCGACCAAGGAUACUGGCAACGAGCAAUAGCAAGUCGUCCUACCACCGCCGUAAGAGCAUACAUCAUGGGUGGUAUGGCAUGGUUCGCCAUCCCUUUUGGCUUUGCAACAACUCUUGGUCUUGCCGCCGUAGCACUUACCGACAACCCAUCAUUCCCGACUUACCCAAAUCCAAUGUCCACUUCCCAAGUAUCAUCAGGCCUCGCAGCACCAUUCGGCGCCGUAGCAUUACUCGGAAACAACGGCGCCAUCGCCUUGCUAAUCACACUCUUCAUGGCCGUCACCUCCUCCUCCUCUUCCGAACUCAUCGCCGUAUCCUCAAUCCUCACAUUCGACAUCUACAAAAUGUACAUCAACCCCUCCGCCACACCGUCCCAGCUAAUCAAAACCUCUCACUACAUGAUAUGUUUCUUCGGCUUCGUCAUGGCAGCUUUCGCAUGCAUCUGGAACGCAAUCGGCAUCGAUCUCGGCUGGCUAUUCCUCACCAUGGGUCUUCUCAUCGGCGGUGGUGUAUUCCCUGCAGCCUUCGCAGUAACCUGGAAGAAACAAUCGAAAUGGGGUGCAAUCACAGGCGCUGUCGGUGGGUUGGCCUGUGGACUCACAGCUUGGCUUGUAACAGCACAUGCGUAUUAUGGCGAACUCACCAUCGCAACAACAGGCGCCAAUUACCCAACUCUCGCCGGGAAUCUCGCGGCAGUGCUCAUGGGUUGUCUAAUCACCGUCACCGUCUCGCUUGUCAAACCAGAUAACUUCGACUGGGAAAUCACACGCAGUAUCAACGCAGCGCCUCAAAUCAUCGAAGCCCAAUCCAACGACCCUCUGGCUACUUCUCACAACACAUCCGAAAAACCAUCACCCUCUCCAACCCCCUCCUCUCACACCCCCCCACCCUCUCACACAUUCACACCCUCUCCCCUCCCCCCUCCACCCUCAGACGACGACGCCAUCCUCACCAACCCCAAACUCCUCAACCGCUCCUUCAAAUACGCCUGUUACUCGGCGCUCAUCCUCACCCUGCUGAUGGACUUCAUCAUCCCGAUCCCGAUGUUUCUCAGCCAUUACAUCUUCAGUAGAGGAUUCUUUUUGGGGUGGAUUGUGAUUGGGUUUUUGUGGGUGGCGUUUGCGUUGGGUGUUUGUGGCAUCUUGCCGGUUUGGGAGGGGAGGGGGUUUUUGGGGGGGUUGUGGGGGAGACGGUAG